GCUGUUCAUUUGGUUUAGUCGCAUUUGAGCGCUCCUCGUUGAACGUUGCAUACUUUUCGAUAUUUUCGUGAAUAACGCGAUCGUGACGAUCACAGCAAUCAAUUUGACACAUACGAUUCAUUGCUGAAACGCAUCUCGGCUUUUGGUAGUUUGAGCGCUAGUAUGCGACUGCAUUCAACAUCAUCACACUAAUUGUAUGCGGUUACACCAAACAAGAUUCAGAUUUUCUUAUAUAAAGUUUUUCGGUUUGAUUCUGACUCAAGAGUGAUUUGAGAAUACAUAAAAAUUCAUCGCAGCAAGCAAAUCAUAUUUGCUCAAUGACGACGAAGUGUUUUUAAUACAGAAAUAAAAUAUCAUAGUAAGUGAACAGAAAAUAUCGUUUUAAAUAUCGACCAAAAUUUAGUGAGAUAGAGCAACACAUAAAAAAAUGAUGAUAGACACUGAAGAAUAGACGAAAAAAGAGUGCUAAUUUUAAAUAGAUUUGUGGGUGUAAAACACUCAUACUUUUGAAGUACAGUUGUGAACAUCUGAAGAAUCACAAACGAUUUUUAUUUUGUUUGUUUGAACGUGCAGCAAUAGAAAAAAGAGAGAACCGCAAACGCGCUCAUUUGUGAACAAUAAUACAACACACACACACGACUUGUGACUUAGGCGUAUAGCAUAUAGACAAAAAACGUUUGAAUACGUCAUUUUUCGCGUACUAAGUGGAAUUUCAAAGUAAAGUUGCUCGUUUAUUUUUUUAUAUUCUUCUUCUUCUUCGAAAUUUUGUGCUUCGUACGAAACGAGAGAUAAACGGCCAAAAUGGGAAAAGACUACUAUAAAAUUUUAGGAAUAACGAAAACGGCGAAGGACGAUGAAAUUAAAAAAGCCUACAGAAAAAUGGCACUUCGUUACCAUCCGGAUAAAAAUAAGACCAUUGGCGCUGAAGAGAAAUUCAAAGAGGUGGCCGAAGCAUACGAAGUGCUAUCCGACAAAAAGAAACGUGACAUCUACGAUAAGUACGGCGAAGAAGGAUUGAAAGGCAACAGAGGGACAACAAAUGGCGGCAACUCAAACUUCACAUACCAAUUCCACGGCGAUCCACGUGCCACAUUCGCACAAUUCUUUGGCUCAAGCAAUCCAUUUGCAUCAUUCUUCGAUAUGGGCGAUAAUCUUUUUGAGAAAAAUGUUUUCGAUUUGGACACAGACACAGAUUUCUUUUCACCAUUCGGUGGUUUAGGUUCAAGACAUGGUUUGGGCGGUGCAUUUAGAUCACAUUCAUUCAACGUACAUACACCUAAAAAAGAGACAAAGACACAAGAUCCGCCAAUUGAGCAUGAUUUGUAUGUGACACUUGAAGAGAUCAACAAAGGCUGUGUUAAAAAGAUGAAAAUAUCUCGACGAAUACUGCAAUCGGAUGGAACGCCACGAAAAGAGGAUAAAUUGGUCAAUAUAGCCAUUAAACCGGGAUGGAAAUCAGGUACUCGUGUCACAUUUCAAAAGGAAGGCGAUCAAACACAUGGAAAAAUACCGGCUGAUAUUGUAUUUAUCAUUCGUGACAAACCACACCAAUUCUACAAGCGAGAAGGAAGCGAUGUGCGAUACACAGCCCGAUUGUCAUUAAAACAAGCACUGUGUGGUGUCGUGUUUGAGGUACCAACGUUGGCCGGUGACAAACUUCGAAUUAGUACGAUGCAGGAGGUUAUCAAACCGAAUACAGUAAAACGGAUAACCGGCUAUGGUUUGCCCCUGCCAAAAGACCCAUCGAGAAAAGGUGACAUGCUCGUUGCCUUCGACAUUAAAUUUCCAGAGAAAUUAACCGCAUCAGAAAAAGAACUGCUGGGAGAUGUGCUGCCAUCGAUUUAGUUCAAGUUUUACAUACACACACUCUUUCUCAAUCACAGCAUUAUAAACAAAACAAAAACACUUAGUUUUAAUCAAACGAAAAUAUUUUGGAGCCAUUUUAAUGGUCCCAU